AUGGAGUGUUUGUUUGUGUGUGUGAAGUCUGACGCAGCCGAAGCUUGCCGCAGUGAGAGAGCACGUGCGCUGCUUCUGGCUCUCUUACUCCGGGUCUCUUCUCUUCCCGCGGGCCUCAUAUGGACAGCGGUGUGUGUGGCCUUCAUGACGGGGCUCUGGCGUCUCUCCUCGGGGCCUGGGCACCACACAAGCCCGGGGACAGGAGAGCGCAGCCCGGGCAGAGCGUGUGUCCUGGUGCUCGGGGACAUCGGGCGCAGUCCUCGGAUGCAGUAUCACGCUCUGUCCCUCAGCAAACACGGCUAUGACGUCACCUUCGUGGGCUUUUUAGACUCCAAACCUCACCCAGACGUGUUGCGGGAGAAGAGGAUCCAGAUCAGGGCGAUCUCUGAUGUCCGAGGGAUCACAGUUGGACCCAAACUGUUGAAGUACGUGAGUAAAGUCGUCCUCCAGAGUCUGCAGCUGCUGUGGGUGCUUCUCAACCUGCAGACCCCGGACUUUGUGCUGCUGCAGAAUCCACCUGGUCUUCCCGCCAUCGCAGUGACCUGGUUGGUGAGUGCAGUUCGCAGAUGCAGCUUCAUUAUGGACUGGCACAACUACGGCUACAGCAUCAUGGCUCUGAACCACGGAGCGACACACCCCCUGGUCAGGCUCGCUCUCUGGUACGAACGUGUGUGUGGACCUCUGGCCUCUCAUCACCUCUGUGUGACCAAAGCCAUGCGGCAAGACCUGCUCGACAACUGGGGCAUCAGAGUGGUGGGAGUGGGAGUGAUGGGGUGUGAGGAGGUGAGUGUGGUGGGUGGAGUGAGGAGGUGUGGAGGGAGUGGGAGGGUAGUGGUGUGGGGUGGAGGUUGUGGUGGGGGUGUGGUGGGUGGGGUGGGGAUGGGUGAGGAGUGGUGGUGGUGUGGUGGGGGGGUGUGGGGGUGGGUGUGGGGUGUGGUGUGGGGUGUGGGUGUGGUGGUGGGGUGUGGGUGGUGUGGUGGGGUGGUGGUGUGUGUGGUUGGGGGUGGUGGGUGGGUGUGGGGUGUGGGUGGUGGGUGUGUGGGUGGUGGGGUGGUGGGUGGUGGGGUUGUGGUGUGGGUGGUGUGUGGUGUGGGGGGGUGUGGGUGGUGGGUGGGGUGGGUGUGGGUGUGGUGGGGUGGGGUGUGGGUGUGUUGGUGGGGUGUGGGUGUGUGGGUGGUGUGGGUGGGGUGUUGGUGGUGUGGGUGUGGGUGGGUGUGGUGGUGUGGUGUGGGUGGUGUGGUGGGGUGGUGGGUGUGUGGGUGUGGUGGGGGUGUGGUGUGGUGUGUGGGUGUGGUGUGGUGUUGUGGUGUGGGUGGGUGUGUGGGUGUGGUGGGGUGGUGUGUUGUGGUGUGGGGUGUGUGGGGUGUGGUGGGUGUUGGGUGUGGGGUGGUGGGUGUGGUUGUGGGGUGGUUGGUGUGGUGGGUGUGGGGUGUUGGUGUGGGGUGUGGGUGUGGUGUGGUGGUGGGUGUUGGGUGUGGGGGUGUGUGGGUGGUUGUGGGGUGGGGGUGUGUGGGGUGUGGUGGGUGGUGGUUGUGUGGGUGUGUGGUGGUGGGGUGGUGGUUGUGUGGGGUGGGUGGUGUGGUGUGGUGUUGGGGUGUGUUGGUGGGGGGUGUGGUGGGGGUGGGUGUGGGGGGUGUGGGGGUUUGGGUGGUGGGGUGGUUGUGUGGUGUGGUGGUGGUGUGGGGGUGUGUGGUGUGGGUGUGGUGGUGUGGGGUGGGUGUUGUGUGGUGUGUUGGUGUGGGUGUGGUGGUGGGUGGUGGGGUGGGGUGUUGUGUGGGGUGGUGGGUGUGGUGGGGUGUGGUGGGUGGUGGGUGUGUUGGGUGUGGUGGUGGUGUGGUGGUGGGGGUGGUGUGGGGGUGA